GGGGAGGAGGAGACGCGAGGGCGGGGAGGAGGAGGAGCAGCGGCGGCGGCCGUGGCGGCAGCUCGGAUGGGAGACGGUGGAGACGCGCAGGAGACGACAGAGAUCAUCACCUUCGCUGAGGCUGGUGAGUCUCAGGGCCUGGUGAACUUCGUCCUCUCUAAAGACGGAGGCGCCCUCUCUCUGGUGGAGCAGGCCAACGUCUGGCUCUUCCUCCGCUUGGCGAAGACCAAUCGCAGCCGAGCCAAAGUCACCAUCCGCCUCUUCCAGCAACGCCGGCUCUCCAACGGACGCCCGUCUCCGGCACAGGACGACGUCCUCCUGGCAGAGAAGUCCGUGGACACGCGUCGCAGCGGCUGGCACACCUUCCCGGUGUCGGCGGCGGUUCAAGCGCUGCUGCAGAGCGCUGCGAGCACACCGCUCAGCCUUAGGGUCUCCUGCCCGCUCUGCGCCGACGCCGGCGCCACGCCGGUGCUGGUCUCCGGCGGCUUCGAGACGUCGCAGCGCGCCAACCAGCGGGAGCAGUCCCACCGGCCGUUCCUCAUGGCCGUCGUCCGGCAGGAGGAAGCCGGCGACUCGCCGCGGCGCAGGAAGCGCGGCCUGGAGUGCGACGGGAAGGUCCGCGUCUGCUGCAAGCGCCAGUUCUACGUCAACUUCAAAGACAUCGGCUGGAACGACUGGAUCAUCGCGCCGCCCGGUUACCACGCUAACUACUGCGAGGGGGAGUGCCCCUCCCACGUGGCGAGCAUCACCGGCUCCACGUUGUCCUUCCACUCCACCGUCAUCAGCCACUACCGCAUGAGGGGCUACAGCCCCUUCCAGAACCUGAGGUCGUGCUGCGUGCCCACCCGGCUACGAGCCAUGUCCAUGCUGUACUACAACGAGGAGCAGAAGAUCAUCAAGAAGGACAUCCAGAACAUGGUGGUGGAGGAGUGCGGCUGCUCGUAGACACGGAGGAUCCGAUCCGGAUCGGUCCGGAACGAACUGGACUGGAGAGGAAGGAGGACUUCAGAGAGAGAGGGAGGCGAUGGAGAGAGGUAGAGGAAGAGGUGACUCCAUGAUCAUCGUCACUUUUACCUGCAGCGCCUCCUUCUUCACCUCCUCCCUCCUCCCUCCAUCAAAACUCUCCUCCAUCCUCCAUCUAGCAGAACUCAGAAAGAGUCUCGAAGGCACUUUCAAAAAAACAACAAAAAAACAACAAAAAAACAGAUAGAAAAAAAGAAUAUCUAAUAUAUUUUUGUUACAACCGGAGGGAGCGAGGCUUAUUUAUGUGGCUGAGACGUUCAAGCACCACUCGACCCGUCGGACCUCGGAGAGACGAGGUGCCUGAAAAACUACUAACAAAAAAAAAAAAUCUCAAAACUAUGCAACUUGUUUCACGUAUUACGUCUUAUUGUAUUUUACUUUGUCUCUUUUUAUUUUCUUUCCCAACUGUUUACUU